CUGCCUGCCCUUUUAAUAACCACAAGCCUCCUCUUCCGGUUGCAUAAGCAGCCCCCUGACUCCGCCCCUCUCUGUUAAGUCACUGCCUGAGCUUUCAUUCGGUGACGUCACAUCGCCUCAUGUUAUUUUUUCUUGCUUACCUUCAUCUUGCCCUUCCCACCGUUCUUUUUCCUUUCCCUUCCUCCCUCUUUCCCUUCCCCUUCAGUCCCAUGACCUCUUCCCCUCCUUUCCUCCUUAAAAUUUCAACCCCUGCAACUGCACCUCAAGCUGACUGUCCUAACAACUACUCCUUCCCUCCUGCGUCUCCGUCGUCCUUCAGGAAAGGAUUCACCCCUGUUUACACUGUCCAGGUGCCUGUGGCGCCCGGGAAAGAGUUCAGCGAUCACCUUUCCUGUACUGCUGGCCUUUCUCCAAAUGCAGGCAACAGAUUCACCAACCCCCCUUUCCCUUGCCUCACCAUUUCUUCUCCUUGCUUACCUCGACCGAUGCCCACCCCACCCCCUCCGCCCUCGUCACUCUCCUCCCCACCCGCAGGGGAGAGGUGUUCUUUUGAACCCUUUUCUCCACUCCUAGGAAGGCUGUACAGCCAAGAGCCAACUAGUUCAUCCCCUUCGAGUCCUUGUUUUGACCGAUUCAGCCUUCAGGGGCCACCCUCUCCUCAUCAGCGGGGCCAUUAUUGCAACUGUAUUGGUUCCCCAGAAGCUCCGCGUUCAUGUCCUCAAAGUCCGCGUCUUUGUUACGUGACUUCCCCACCUCUCAUUCAUCAGCCCCCUAGAGCCAGCCCAGUAACUUCCCCUCAACUUACUCAUAUAGCCUUGGAGACAGGCCCCGUGAUUUCGACUCCUCUUACGUCAAGGUCCCAGAGAAAUUACUCCACAGUUUCACCUCUUCCCCAUCGGCCCCUGAGAACUGGCCUUCCGGUUUCAUCUUCCCUUCCUCGCCCAGCUGUGGAAACUAGACCUCUAACCUCUGCAAACAUUUCUCAUCGCGUUUUGGAAACUGGGCCUGCGAUGCCCUACUGGUCCUCUGGAAGAAGUUACAAUGAUCCUCCCCUUUCCUCAGCAUCUUCCCCACCCUCUGGCAACCCUUACCAUGAUCAUCCUCUCCCUCCAGAUUCUUGUGAACCUAAACCACAGCUUGAUGUAUCUCUUGGGAAAAAUUGCUGUGGCCCUCCUCUUUCUUCUCAGGCAGUCGUGUCUGGCUCUCCCAUCUCACCCCAAGAGGGCUGUAUUCAUUAUUCUCAUUUAUGCCCAGAUUCCCAGAUAUCUGUCCCUAGGAGUCCUUACUGUGUCAUCAACCUACCACCUGAGAGUGCUGAUUCUCCUAGCUCCUCCCUGCCUCAGGCUCUCCACAAGCCCUGCUUAGGGUCCUUUCUGUGGGAGCCUGGGGGGAACUCUUACCUCAUACUAAGCCCAGGUACUGUCAUUUCUGGCCCUCCCUGCCCCACAGAAUCUUCACCUUCUCAGUAUCCUUAUCCUUCCCUGUAUUUCCCAGCUCCCCCGGACAAUCAGUCCCCUAACAACCCCGGACAACCACCUAAGUCCCCUAAAGGUUAUAACAAAUCCAGUCUUCCUACCCCAGUUACCCCUCAAACGAAGCCCCCAAAAUCCUUGGAAUCACGACGCGCUCCCUGCAAGUGUCGCUCCCUAGUGAACACACCCCACCACACUCCCCCUAACCAUCCUAAAUCCCACAAGACCAACCCUUGUCCUCAGCCUCCCUCCCAGCCCUUUGGCCUCUCUAGUCUGCUUAUGGAACCCUCCAUCACAACUACUUCAAAUUCUGGCCCAAAAGAACUUCCCCGAGAGUCUGCUGUUCUCAAAACUGCUCCUACUUCCUGUCCCCAUAGCUCACCUUGUAAUCCUGCCUUGUCCAGUAGAUAUCCUAAGAGCAGUCCCCAAGCACCACCUCCAGUAUCCCCCUGCAAUACUCAUAUGUAUUCUGUGGUCCCUCCUACCUCCCAUUUAUCCCCUCUCUCUAGUCCCCUAAAUCAGUCUACACAUCUCCCUAAUGACCAGCAUGUGAUUCUCCCUUGUGGCACUUAUUCUGCUCCUAGGGGUCCACCACCACCCUAUAGCAAGCCCGUGGCGCCUCCUUGUUCCACCCACAUCUAUUCUUUUAUCCCUCUGAGAACACCCUUUGACCCUCGAUGUUUACCUAUUGUCCCUCGAGCUCGGUUUUGCUCCACUACCAUUCCCUGUGGCGUUCAUACCUAUGCUGUGACCUCUCCAAGCCCACCGGCCAAUCCCGCCCAGAUUCCUUACAGCUGUCCUUUCCCUUCCUCCAAGUCCUCCUCCAACUGUUGUAGCACUUCUGCCAGUUCGACCAUUGUUUGUAGUGACUAUCAGAGUAGUGACAACCAAAGUAACCACCAAAACAAAAGUCAGAGCCAGAGCAAGAGCAGCCCCCCUCAUAAUCCAAGCAAGAGUCCCCCAAGAAGGGAUAAGUUUGAGAGCACAAGUCGGAGCCGGAGCCAUAGUCCUCCCCAAAACAACACUCAGGACUGUAGCGAGAAUGCCCACACGAGUGCCAUUCACCAUAAGAGAAGUUGGAAGCAGAGUAGCAGUGCUCCAGAUGAUAAAAACAAGAAUCAGAGCAAGAGUUCCCAGCAUGGGAAAAAUUCAGGACAGAUCAAGAGUCCCAGCGUUAAGAAGAAAUAAUGACCAGAACACACGUUCUGGCCAGAACAAAAACCCAGACGAGGGCAGAAGUUGCACUAACAAAAUGCCAUCAGUAGUA